CUCGACAUUGUGCCCGUCAAUCGCCAUCAUGUCUCAAUUCCGCGCAGCAAAGCUCGAUAUCGGGUGCUUUACGAAGAUCCGCAACAUUCGCGACCACACGAAGCGGAAGGUGUUCGCUGAGAACGAGCCGGAAAGACAAGCCCUUCGAUACAUUAUCCGAAAUACUACUCUACCGCAACGAGUCCGCGCGCAAGCUCAGCUUCAGCUCUCACAGAUGCACUGCUACACGAGAUUCACACAGAUCAAGAACAGGUGUAUAAUGGGAGGCAAAGGACGUGGUGUCUUCAGUGACUUCAGGCUUGGUAGAUACCAAUUCAGGAUAAACGCGCUUGCUGGAAACUUGCCUGGUGUGAAGAAGGCAAGCUGGUGAAUACCGGAGGGCUGGGAGAGGCAUGUGAAAAAUCUGUAUACUACUCCGGAGCGAAAGCCUGGCAUUGGGCGGCGUUUAUGCGCGUAUUGUACAAAUGGAAUUAUGACGACUCACCUCGCUUUUUGGGACUCGGGGGU